AUUCGCAUCGACAAAGGAGAAAUAAUUAAAUUAAAUUCUUAGUGAUAUUUUCUAAGUGAUCUCUCUCUUCUUCACGUGCAUCUCACGUAAUUUCAGAAAUUAAAAACGUGCAUUAAGAAGCUCGCAAUAGUGGACGAUACGUUGGAAGAGUUGGGUAUUCCGAAAAUGUACCAAGAGAUGCACAUGUGGUCAAAACGGGUAGUAGCUGGAUGGGUCGUUUACGUACUCUUCACAAAUACUUACCAUUUGUUUUGGUGGCGGAGCGUAAUGCAGUCUAAUUGGGCGUAUCUCAUACCUUUUUUGAUGAAUCAUUGUUUUCACGUCGACCUAUUCGUGGACUUGACGUUUAUCUUCCUCAUGUGGUCUGUAUACAGUAACUACAAUUUGCUUCCUCGUUUAGUCGAUCGUGUCCUCAUUUAUUCACUAUAUCUGCUGUAUAUUUUUGUUUAAUACCAAUAGAAAUGACUUUGUGUACUCGUCCUGUCGAAAUUUACCGUACGAGUCCGAAUCGAAGAGAUUUUAUUCUGUAAUAUUCUGUAAUAUUCUAUUACAAUUCUGUAAUAUUCUAGACACGCUUUACAAUACAGGUAUGUAGGCACCAGAUUCGAUAAACUGAACGAAAAUGUACAAAGUCUGCUGGUGCGCGAGGAACACGGCUUGAGGUGUACAUGGAAGAAACCAGUGGUUGCUGUUUACCGACAUACCUUGUAUGCCGAUAGUUACAAGCGAAUGUUCUGGACCUCAAUGUAAAUCGGCAUCUUCAGCUAGAAUUAUGUCGCAUUGCGCGUGAAAUGAAUCUGAUAUUCGGAACGCAGAUGACUUUGGAGAUGUUGAUCUAUCUCUUAGGGCUCACAGGACUGGCUCAUUAUUUUUGCACAAUACUGCUCAGUCGAAAAGGCAUAUUAAUGAGGGAUUGCCUCGGUAACGUUAUGUGGAGCUCAAUAUGUAUCAUGAGACUCUACUACGUUAAUCACAUUUGCGAGAGUAUCAGCGUUAAGGCUAACAAAAUUAGCGAAACAAUUCAUCAGCUGACAAUUAUUCUGCGAUACGCUGAUAUUCACCAAGAACUUUGUCAAUUCAUUUUGCAAACGAUGCAUCAUCCACUGAAGUUCACCGGUCUGAGGCUCUUUUGCUUCGGCAGCAAGUUACUCUGGAAGUUUUGUGCGGUGGUUGCAACUUCCACGAUGCUCGCAGUGCAAGGGUCUCCAGAGUUUCAGGAAUAUAAUGAUGCACGAUCGAAGAUAAACAACAAUAUCUCGAAAGAUAUGUUCUAAUGAGAAUUUAAGAAUGUAUAAAAAUCGUUUUUUACGAUUGUGCUCUAAUUAGGGAUGACAUAUUCAUUUAAUCCUGUACUGAAGACUAAUGAUAUACUGUACCAACAAUAAAUUGUAACAACAUC